AUGGGCAAAAUUGAUUGGUACCAAGAUGAACAUUCGAUAACUAUUAUAUUAUAUUAUGAGAAUAUUGUCAAGGAAUCCAUUCAAUACAGUUUAAAUGAUAGAAAUCUCCAAAUCCAAUUCUUUGAUUCAUCCGACAAUUCAUCGCAAAGUAUUCCUCUAAUUCUUUCAUCUCAUGUGGAGACUCCCGAUUUGUCACUGGACAAUUUCAAAAUAACAACGACCAGUAAAACAGUCGAAUUUAAAUUUAGAAAAGUCUCUCCUGGGUUUUGGCACACACUUGAGGAACAGUCUGAGAAAACGUUCGAAUCCAAACACAAAGGGAGAAUACCAAAUGAUAAGUUUAGUGAUAAAUAUUUCGAAACUGAGUUAAAAGAGGAGAAUGAUGUCGCCCCGGAAGAGAAGUUUUUAAAGUUGUUGCAAGAAAUCUAUUCUGGCGGUGAUGAUAAUACCAAGCGCGCUAUGAUAAAAUCGUUUACUACUUCUUCUGGGCAAGUUCUAUCCACAAAUUGGGAAGAUAUGAAAGAUGAUUGA